UUGAGGAGUGACACUGACAUCUAGCUGCAGAGAGGCAAAUUACACUUGCCCUUACUGUCGUGAAACCACGCGUCUCCAUUUGCCCACAGUUGAGAGGUCAGUCAGAAGAUGGCAGAGUCAUUGAUUUGUAACAACACGCAAAGCAGGGUGAGUUCUGUGCUGAACAGAGAUGUCAGACAGUUCGGAAAGAAGUUCAUGUUUGAUUGCAACGAGGAGACGUGCUGGAAUUCUGACCAGGGUGAAUCCCAGUGGGUUGUCUUGGAGUUUCCACAGCCUGUGAAAGUGUCCGAGCUCAGGCUACAGUUCCAAGGAGGGUUUUCAGGGAAAUCUUGCAAAUUAGAAGGUUCUGCCAAAGAAGAGGAUCUCAAACAUAUUGUAGACUUCUAUCCAGAGGACAACAACUGUCUACAAAGUUUUCCCAUUCAAGAUGCCGCUUUGGUUCAGAGGCUGAAAAUAGUGUUUGAAAACAGUGCUGACUUUUUUGGAAGAAUAAUUGUUUACACUUUGGAAAUCCUGGGGGAAAAGGUUUUGUAAUGUUUUGAGAAAAGGACAAAGAGGAAUUAUGAAAAGUAGUAUUCCACCUACUCACAGGAAAAGCAUAAACUGAUGUUACUUCUGAUUUAAUUUCCUUCGUUUCUACAGAGCCUCUAUGGAUAAUAUUCACAUGUCCUUUCCGGUCAACACGCAUGAACUGCAUGUCUGUAAAAGUGUCUUUUUAA